AUGUGGAAAAUACAAAUAACGGAACAAACUGUUUCCAAACGCAGAGAAAAGCCACGUUUGCCGCCAGUUCGGAUAUAUGCAACUACUAAAUACGCAAACACCACAGCUACAAUCAGCGAAUUACAUGCGCAUCUUCUUCCCCAAGUUCUGGUGCUUGUGUCUCUUCCAAACAUCGAGAAUCCCAUACCAACGAACCAAAGUGGCCAGAAGAAGAAGCCCAAGAAGAAUAAUUUUUUU